AUGAAUAUGCCAGCGGGUGGUGUCAAGGUUUGUGCUCCCCAGCCUGCUGGAAAACACACCAGUCGCAAGCACGCCGGCGGCAACCAAGCCAACGGCCCUCAGACUGGAGCCAACCAAACUGGCGCGAAGCCCGUGAACAGCAACAAGACCUUAAAGCCAAGCUAUUUUAACCGCUUCAAGGGCUUUGUCCCGAACCCGAAAGGGAGUAUUAGGGGCGAGUUCCGUCGACUUGCAUGGUAUAUGAACUGGCAGCCCCACACCAAGGAAUGGUACCAUCACCGCUAUGAGUGCUACGACGCGGAGUUUGGACGUUGGUACGGAACGGACACUUCUCGGCUCGAUAGCUGGAGAUCUCUUUGCCGCGAGGUUGGGCAUGAAGGCAAAGAAUUCACUAGCAUCACUCAAUGCAAGAAGUACCUCCAGACAAUUCAUGUCAAUUUGAUUGAUCUAAUCGACUCUCGUCGCAAGGGAACCAAGGUUCGAGUCUUCCAAUCUUAUGCGGCACUCAGGGCCCACACCCUUAAGUCAGGUAAAAAGGUUCCUCGCGAAAUGGCCAAGAAGGAUGGAUUCGCACGCGUCUUUUUGAGAUUCAUGUAAACAUGCAAUCGCAAUGUCACCGAACAUGUCUUUCAUCUGCACUUCUACCAGAAUAUUCUUUGCCAAGGUUCAUGGAGCAUGACGAAUUAUCACCGGUAGACACAAAACAUGCACAGC